AUGUUGGGCCUGCAGAAACUCCCCCUCACAGCGGCCCUCUCCCUGCUGCUCCUUGCUACACUGUUUCCUAGCUCCGAGGCCUGGCGUGGUCGUGGAGGUGGUGGCUUUAACCGAGGUGGAGGAGGCUACAGACGGGGCUGGGGUGGUGGUGGCGGCGGCGGCGGCCAGGCCUACAGACCAGCACCCGUCCAGAGCAGUGGUCCCAGUGCAGGGAAAGUUGCAGGGGCAGCUGCAGCAGGCGCCCUUGGAGGAACACUGCUGGGAUCUGCCUUAAGCCGCCCCCAGUAUGGGUACGAGUAUGGUGGAGGAUACAGAGGAUACGGAGGAUAUGGUGGAUAUGGUGGAUAUGGAGGAUAUGGAGGGGGCUAUCGCUACCCACCACACCAAGGUGGUGGUGGCUACGGCCCCAGGUCUGGCUAUGAGCCAGAGGGCUCUGGAGAUAUGGAGUACUACACUGGAGCAUCCAGUGGGCCCAUCUACAACAGUAUCAUCGUUGUUAUUGGCUCCCUGAUUUCCCUGCUCAUGGGCCACUGGGUGGCAGUCAUGUAG